AUGUUAACUCAACAAGUAUUACGACGAAAUUAUCCCACUCAUUGCAUAAGGGUGUUAAAUUUAUCUCGUUCCCUCUCAAUGCAACAGCGCUAUUACCUCUUAAUGCUCGCCCUGCGCGACAGCUGGCGGCGGGUGACAGCGAGACCCGGUUCUUUUCAAAGCCGGCCGCGACACCGCUCGUUCAGCCACGAGCGACAGAUACCAAACACCGAGAAGAGAAGAAGUAGUGCUCACUCCUUAGAUCUUGCAGACCAGCACACUGCUACUAUACAUAAAGCUCAUUCCCUAUCCAAGAUGGCGACGCUCUCCCUCAAGAUAUCCCUAGAGGGAGGCAAAGUGGUGAAGACCAUACAGUUCGACCCUUCCACCACCGUGUACGAUGCGUGCCGCAUCAUCCGCGAGAAGAUUCUAGAAGCCAACCACAAUGACCCAAAAGAAUUCGGUCUUUUCCUCGCGUCAGAGGAAGACAACAAAAAAGGUAUCUGGCUGGAGGCAUCUCGCAGCCUGGACUACUACAUGCUCAGGAACGGAGACUUGCUCGAGUACAAUAAGAAGACCAGGAACCUCAGGGUCAGGAUGCUGGAUGGUACUGUCAAAACCCUGUUAGUCGACGACAGCCAGAUAGUCGCCAACCUGAUGGUGGUGAUAUGCACCAAGAUCGGUAUCACCAACUAUGACGAGUAUGGCCUGGUCCGCGAAGAGCAAAAAGAAGAAGCUGAUCCUUGCGAGAAGCCCAACUAUGGCACCCUCACGUUAAAGAGGAGACACCAGGAGAAGGAGAGGGACGCCAAGAUGGAACAGCUCAGGAAGAAGCUCAGGACUGAUGAUGAAGUGAACUGGGUGGAGGGCUCGAAGACGCUCCGCGAGCAGGGUGUGGAGGCGACGGAGACGCUGCUGUUGCGUCGCCGACUGUUCUUCUCCGACCGCAACGUAGACUCUCGCGACCCCGUGCAGCUCACGCUGUUGUACGUGCAGGCCCGGGACGCCAUACUGGCCGGCACGCAUCCUAUCACCCAGGACAAAGCGUGCGAGUUCGCCGGUAUACAGUGUCAGAUACAGUUUGGUGAUCAUAAAGAAGAUAAACACACCACCGGCUUCUUAGACCUGAAGGAAUUCCUGCCGGCGUCGUACGUGAAGGUGAAGGGCAUAGAGAAGAAGGUGUUCCGCGAGCACCGUCGCCACGCCGGCCUCAGCGAACUGGAUGCUAAAGUGCUCUACACCAAGAGCGCGAGAGACCUCAAGACCUACGGCGUGGCCUUCUUCCUGGUCAAGGAGAAGAUGAAGGGCAAGAACAAGCUGGUGCCACGUCUGCUGGGCGUGACCAAGGAGUCUGUGUUGCGACUGGACGAGAAGACCAAGGAGGUGCUGCAAACAUGGCCGCUGACCACAGUGCGCCGCUGGUGCGCCUCGCCUAACACGUUCACGCUGGACUUCGGCGACUAUAGCGACCAGUACUACAGCGUGCAGACCACCGAGGCCGAGCACAUACUGCAGGUGAUCGCCGGAUACAUUGACAUCAUCGUGAGGAAGAGGCAGGCGGCGCAGCACCGCGGGCUGGAUGGCGACGAGGGCUCCGCCAUGCUGGAGGACUCGGUCUCGCCCUCCAAGGCGAAUAUAAUCCAACACGAUACUUUCAAGUCGGGAAAAGUCAAUACGGAGUCUGUGGCGAAGCCCGCAGUGCUGCGUCCCGGGGCUGAAGGUGCGAAACCAUUCGCGGUGGGGCACGUGACGGGCGCGCAGCAGAGCACACUCUCGGGGCAGGUCAUUACGGGACACGCGCCUCCCUCUACGACUCAAAUCCAACAAACGAAGGUCACGACCAUUAUGACGGAGCCGCAGCGAGCGUUGCUCUCUACAAUCACUAGCGGUAGGGAGAUCAUCAAGCAAACUGAAGAAGGGUUGACUAGAGCCCGGCUGCCGGCGCUGGGUUCGGACGCGGGCGCGCAGCAAUGGCGCCGCGUGACCAUGGACAGCAGCAAGCAGGUGGUCACCUCGCAGAUCGCCGCCAUGAACGCCGCUACCGCGCAGGUCGUCACGCUCACUGCCGGUCCGACAGAGGAGGUGGACCACACCGCGGUGGGCGCCGCCAUCACCACCAUCACAACUAACUUGCCGGAAAUGACUAAGGGUGUGCAAAUGAUAGCAGCCCUGAUGGAAGACACCCCCGGUGGUGACCGUCUACUGGACGCCACGCGCGCGCUGUGCUGCGCCUUCACUGACCUUCUCAAAGCUGCAGAACCUCACACUAAAGAGCCACGCCAGAACCUCUUGAACGCAGCGUCGCGAGUGGGCGAGGCGUCCACCAGCGUGCUGCACACCAUCGGCGAGGAGAGCGAGGAGGAUAAGGAGACACAGGACAUCCUCCUGUCCUUGGCUAAGGCGGUGGCCAAUACUACAGCCGCUCUAGUGCUGAAGGCCAAGAACGUGGCAGCGCAGUGCAAGGAUGAGCAGCCGCUGCAGAACACCAUCAUAGCCGCGGCCACGCACUGCGCGCUGGCUACCAGCCAGUUGGUGGCCUGUGCUAAGGUGGUAGCGCCGACGCUCCACAACCCGGCGUGCCGCGAGCAGCUGACAAGCGCGGCGCGACAGGUGGCGGCGGCGGUGGACCGGCUCGUGGCCGCCUGCCAGCAUCAGCCCGGCGUGGACCAGCUUACGGUGGCCGCGCAGCGGGUGUCCGACGAGCUGGAGAGGCUGCUGGCCCAUUGUGAUUUGGAGCGGCGCGUGCAGCCCACAGUGAUGGAGCAGUCGGUGGAGAGCGUACUGAGCGCGAGCGAGCGCGUGACCGAUGCGCCCGACGCACCCGAGAUGGUCCGCCGCGCGCGCCUGCUGGGCCAGGCCACGGCGCGCCUCAUCGCUGACAUCAAGACAGAGGCAGAAAAGCAGCCGUCGGAGUCCCAGCGCAAGCUGCUGGCGGCCGCCAAGCUGCUGGCUGACGCCACCGCGCGCAUGGUGGAGGCCGCCCGGCUCUGCGCCUCCGAGCCGCAGGACCGCGAGAAGCAGGAGUCGCUGCGGCGCUGCGCGGAGGAGCUGCGCUUCAUCACGGCGGACUACGCGCAGGGGCAGGACAUCGUCGGCACGCAGCUCGCGAGGCUCACGGAGAGCGCGCGUCAAGCGGUGUCGAGCGCCACACAACUGGUGACUUCAGCGCAUAACGCCACGCAGUACAACACUAAUAAGUACUCGCAGGAGACCCUAAUCUCAGAGUGCGAGGUGCUCAGUGAGCACAUCCCACGCGUGUCGUCUGCCUCGCGCGCCGCCGCUGCCGCGCCCGCCGACCCCGCCGCACACCUCGACCUCAUCAAUGCGGCGGAGACGUUCCUGCAGCCGAGUGGGCACGUAAUCAGCGCGGCGCGUGGCGUGCUGCCCACCGUGACCGACGGGGCCGCCGCCAAGCAGCUCGCAGACACCACGCACCAGUUCACCGCCAGCGCGGCUGACCUUAGGUCGGCGGUGUCGCGCGCGCGCGUGUCGUGCAAAGGGCUGGAGCUGGAGGCGGCGGGUGCCGUGCUCCGCGCGCUGCGCGCCGAGCUACGCGAGCUGGACGAUGCCGCGCGCGCCCAGGACCUGCGUCCUCUGCCCGGACAGACCGCGGAGUGGGCGGCGUCCCGGCUGCAGGGCGCGGGUCGUGGCGCGGCGUCGGCGGCGGCUCAGCUGGCUGGCAGCGCGCGAUGCCGCGAGCCCACCGGGUGCGCACGAGCCGCUGCCGCGCUCGCCGCCGCUCUGCGCGCGCUCGCGCCUCCGCUGCGCGCCGCCGCAGCAGCCGCGCCGCAACACUCGCAGCGCAGAGUGAUAUCGUCCGGGCAGCAAGUGCUGGAGGCGUCGUUGACGCUGGUGGAGACGGUGAAGGCGCAGCUGGCUGGCGAGGAGGUAGACUCCGCCAAGAUCAUGGCCAUCGCCAAGGAUGUGUCACAGAGUAUAGAGCAAAUGAUAGAAGCGGUGCCUUCUCACGCGGAGCUGGACGCCGCCAUGGACAGCAUCAACCAGACCAUCGACGUGCUCGACAUGGGAGAGUUCCCCCACACGGACAAGACUUAUGGCGAGCUCCAAACCGAGCUGAACUCGGCGGCCGUAGAGCUGAACGGCGCCGCGUCGGGCGUCGUGGAGGGCGUGGUGGGCGACGCGCUGCCGGCGCGCGCGGCCGACUUCCACGCCGCCUUCGACCGCCUCGCCGGCGUGUGUCUCGAGAUGGCCGGCUAUACUGAGGAAAUCGAAAGCCGCACUCAAAUGGUCACCUCCCUGAAGACGGUGACGGUCAACUCCUCCAAGUUGUUGGGAACUGCUAAGUCUGUGAGCCAGGAUUUGAAUCGACCAAACGCCAAGAACCAGCUGGCGGCGGCCGCGCGCGCUGUCACAGAAAGCAUCAACGAUCUGGUGGACGUGUGUACGCGCGCGGCGCCGGGGCAGAAGGCGUGCGCGGCGGCGCUGCUGCGCAUGGCGGCGGCGCGCGCGCUUCUCACUGCGCCCUCGCAGCCGCUCUCCGAUCUCGGCUACUUCGCGUGCCUCGACGCCGUUGUAGACCAUAGCCGACUGCUAAGCGAGGGCAUGUCGUGCAUGGCGGGCGCCGUGAAGCGCGGCGAGGCGGAGGCGUGCGAGCGUGGCGUGAAUGGCGUGGCGGCCGCCGUGCAGGGCCUCGUGGAGUGCACCGCGCAGGCCGCCUACCUGGUGGCGGUAUCAGACCCAACAUCGACAGCGGGUCGCGCCGGGCUGGUGGAUCAGGCGGCGCUGGCACGCGCGGCCGCCGCCAUCGACCAGGCCUGCAUCACGCUGGCCGACCCCACCGCGCCACAGCCCAGCGUCCUGACCGCGGCCACGCUCGUGGCCAAACACACUGGCGCGCUGUGCCACACCUGCCGCCUGGCCUCCGCCAGAUGCACCGCACCCGCCGCCAAGCGACACUUCGUGCAAGCCGCUAAAGACGUGGCGAACCGCACCUCCGAUUUAGUUAAGGAGAUCAAGCUCCUCGAUAAGGAUUAUUCGGAUGAGAACCGGUCGCGCUGCGCUGCGGCGACGGCGCCGCUGCAGGAGGCGGUGCGCAGCCUGCGCGCCUUUGCCGACAGCCCCGAGUUCGCAGCCGUGCCGGCGCGCAUCUCGCAGCACGCGCGCGACAGCCAGGAGGCGGUGCUGCGCUGCGGACGCGAUAUAAUAACGGAGUCGUGCGCGAUGGUGGAGGCGGCGGGCGCGCUCGCGCUCAACAGCGGUGAGCGGGCGCAGUGGCAUGCGCUCGCCGCGCACAGCAAGGCCGUCUCCGACACCAUCAAGAGUCUCGUCACCAACAUACGCGAGAAGGCGCCGGGUCAGCGCGAAUGCGGCGCGGCGCUGGAGUCGCUAAACAAGCAACUGCGCGAGCUGGACCAGGUGGCGCUGCAGGCCGUCAGCCAGGAGCUGGAGCCGCGCCAGGCCAACACCUUGCAAGGCUACUCGGAGCAGAUCGAGAGCAGCGCGGCGGAGAUGGCGGAGCGCCUAGAGCCGUUGCGCGUGGCGGCCUGCGGCGAGGCCGAGCACCUGGGCCACGCCGUCGCGCAGCUCGUGUCUUACGCUGAGCCGCUGGUGGCGGGCGCGUGCGGCGCGGCCUCCAACACGUCGGAGUCGCGCGCGCAGGCCGAGCUGCUGCAGCACGCGCGCACCGUGCUCGAGACGCUCACGCUGCUCGUGCAUGCCGCGCGCUCCGCCGCCGGGAACCCACGGGUAACAAUCAAACACGUCCCACCACCAUCCCCUCUCACUCACACACUCCCUGCGGCCAGCGCGCACGCGGAAGUUGACGCGCAGGCGGCGCUGGCGCGUGCCGCGCUGCGCGAGCUGGGCACGCAUGUGCGCGAGCUGAGCACACAGCGCGGCGCCGUGGGCCCACUGCUGGACUGCGUGGCGCGCGCCGUGGCCCGUCUCACCGACCACAGAAUGUCGCUAAUCGGUUCGUACGAUGAGGCGGAUUCGUUCGUCGACUAUCAGACCAGGAUGGUGGGAACUGCGAAGGACAUUGCGCGUCUGGCAACUGAUAUGACAGCAAAAUCGGCUACAGAACCUUCCAAGCUAGUGGAAGUGGGCAACGAGAUGUGCGGCAAAUACGAGCAGCUGGCGGCCGACAGCGUGGGCGCCUCCGCCACCACGCCCAAUCCGGACAUUGCUAACAGGAUCCGUGUGUGCGCCGUGGAGCUGGGCGAGGCGGUGUCGGCGUUGGUGGCGGCGGGCGGCGCCUGCAGACACGCCGCCGCGCCGCGCCAGCAGCGCGCCGUGGCCGACGCCGCGCGCGCCGUCGGGGAGAAGGUGGUGGGUGUACUCAGCGCGUUGCAGGCGGGCUCGCGCGGCACGCAGGCCUGCAUCGACGCCGCUGCCACCAUCGCCACAAUCCUCGGGGACCUCGAUACCACCAUACUCUUCGCCAGCGCUGGCACACUCCAAUCCGACAUAGAAGGCGACACAUUCUCCAAUCACCGCGAGAACAUCUUGAAGACGGCCAAGACCCUCGUGGAGGACACCAAGACCCUGGUGGGGGGAGCUGCUGGCAGCCAGGACCAGCUGGCGGCUGCCGCGCAGAGCGCCGUGGCUACUAUAGUGCAACUGUGCGCGGUGGUGAAGGCGGGUGCUGCGUCGCUGGCGGGCGGCGGCGCGGAGCCGCAGGUGCUCGUGCUUCACGCGGCGCGCGACGCCGCCGCCGCGCUGCGCGACCUGGCCGCCGCCACUGCCGCCGCCAGCGGCAAGCACGUGGCACACCCAGACAUGCAGCGCCUCAAGCACGCCGCCAAGCGUUUAUCCGACCCGAAGCGGUGGAGCCUUCCCAUAAAAACUAAUACCAUACCGAAAACCAAGCGGCGGUCCAUCAACGUACGAGAUUAUAACUCUUGCGAUUCUGAAACCGACAUUUUCCAGUCUGACCAAGAGGAAGAACUAAUAAAGCUUCUAGACUAUUCCAGUCAUGAUGAUGACGUGUCACCAACGAUCUUCCACGACAGCUGUGAAGAAAUGAUUACGUACAUUGAAAGCAAAAUGAGCAAACCUACGUCGAGGGUGCAAAAUGAUGAUGUCAACACCAGAUAUAACCUGGCUUCAAGAAAUAGCCUCUUCGAUAUGGACUGGCGUGUAGUAAAAUAUGGGGAGACUAUAUUCUUAGGUGAGCUACGCAAAUUAAUCGAUUUAUGUCUCGACACCUUUGAGAAAGCUGACAAUAGAAAGAGACGGCAUACUGAAAAAGUGAGUUCGGAUUUAGACAAUGAAAUGAAAAGGUUAUCUCAAGUUAUGGAUGAUUUGGAUUGGCAAGAUGUUGUCAACGAAAAUAUUACAACUACUAUAACAACAACCGUACACACAGAUAUUAAAAAACCCAAAUUAGAGAAACCAAGGCUUAAAAGCCCCGUUUUUAAAGUAAAAAAAGUAAAACCUAUCAAUCUGAUCGUCAAUUUAGAAGUCAAAAGCCCUGAAACUACUGCGCCCAAAUCACCGAUAGAUAAAAUUGAAAUAAAAGAUGUUACACCAAUUAAAGAUAAUAAAGAAGAUAAUAAGGAAAAUGUAGAUGUGCCUAAAGAAAAGAAAACUGAAUUUUGGAAUUUGUUUAAAGAUGACACUGAAUGGUGGAAAGCUUUGGCUAAGCGUAAUUUGGAGAAAAUGGAAGAAACUAGACGUGAGCUAGAACGAUUUAGCGGUCACGAGCUAGUUUUAGGUGAAAUAAAGUCAGAAAUGGAUAAAUAUGAUAAAGAGAAGGAGACAUUACAGAGCUUCAUCGAGGAGGUUGACAGGUCUAAGGCGAUUAACAAAGAUUUAGAAUACGACCAAAAAUAUGAAGAUAUGGUUUUGAAAUUAAUCGAAUUUGCCAAAACAGAUUUUAUAUACAAAGGUUUCGAUCCUCUCAUAGAACAACUCAAACUACUUUCAGACAUACAAUUUGAAGGUAGAAAGAAAAAGGUCGUAAAUAUCGAAGACAUACUUAACGUUUACACUAAAAUAGAUAUUUCUAAAUACACAUAUGAAGAAUUAUGUUUGUUGGAGAAGUAUUAUAAGGAAAUUAUAAAGAAAUAUAAGUGUGAGACGCGCAGGAAGGAGAAUUUAGCGCCAAUAGAGAGUGAGAGGCAAUCAGCACCACCCACUUACCACAGAAACGUGAUACUAAAUGUCAACUCCCAACACAACUUGGAACGAAACAUAAACCAUUACAGCACUACAACUAUCACAAAAAAUAAUACAUUAGAGAGGUCCAAAAUUAAUGAACAAAGAUCCAAAAAUAAUUUUGAAAUUUUCGACCUAACUAGAACAUAUCCGAUGGAGUAUUACGCCAACAACUGGUGGCAGAUUUACGAAGACAUACUAAAGAAUAGAGAACAGCAGUUCGGUAGUAUCGACAACUGGUGGGAGUUUUAUGAAGCGGUACUCAACAAGAAGGAUACGAGCGAAGAAGCAUUGAGAAGAAUUAGAGCCAUUCUAGAAGACAGAUCCAGAAGACGACCAAACAGCAGAAUGGAGGAACUGUUAAAGAUGCUGGAUGAGGUCCAAAACACGCGCUUCCACGAGACUGAGGCGAAUGAAGCCACGAGCAACGAAUCGGUAAUGGUGACAAACGUGACGUCGCUACUCAAAACAGUGAAGGCCGUGGAAGACGAACACACGCGCGGCAACAGAGCCCUGGAGUCUACAAUUGAGGCUAUAUCACAGGAAAUUGAGGUGCUGAUGUCCCCAACGCCACCAAAGAGCACAGCCUCGGUGGAGGAGCUGGUGCGGUGCACGCGACUCAUGACGGCGGCCACGGCGCGUGCCGUUGCCGCCGCCGGCCAGGACCAGCUGGUGGCCGCCGCCAACCUCGGCCGCCGAACCGUGCUCGACAUGCUGGCCGCCGCCAAGGGCGCCGCGCACGCCGCGGAGACAGCGGAGCUGCGCACGCGCACGCUGGAAGCGACGCGAGCGGCCGCACAAGCGUACCGUGCUCUACUGGGCGCGCUGCUGGGCUCGGCCCGUGCGCAGCUGCCCGAGCUGUCACGCCACGUGGCGCGCGCCGUGGCCGACAUGCUGGCCGCCGCCGACCUGCUCAAGGGCUCGGAGUGGGUGGACCCGGCGGACCCCACGGUGAUCGCGGAGCAGGAGCUGCUGGGCGCCGCCGCCUCCAUCGACGCCGCCGCGCGCAAGCUCGACGCGUUGCGUCCGCGCGCCGCGCCGCGCACUGAGACAGACGACAACAUGAACUUUGAUGAGAUGAUCCUGGAAGCAGCCAAGUCCAUCAUAGCGGCCACCUCGGCGCUAGUGAGGGCCGCGUCCGCCGCGCAAAGGGAGCUGAUCGAUCAGGGGGCGGUGGCGCGUCGGCCCGCGCAGUCGUCGGACGACGGGCAGUGGUCGGAGGGGCUGGUGUCGGCGGCGCGCCUGGUGGCGGCGGCGGCGCACGCGCUCGUGGAGGCCGCCAACGCGCUGGUGCAGGGUGCCGCCUCCGAGGAGCGCCUCAUCUCCUCCGCUCGCCAGGUGGCCUCCUCCACCGCGCAGCUGCUUGUCGCCUGCAAGGUGAAGGCGGACCCGGCGUCGGAGUCUACACGGCGGCUGCAGGCGGCGGGUGCGGGCGUCAUCCGCUCCACCGACAACCUGGUGCGCGCCGCACGCGACGCCAUUGUCUGCGACGACGAGCGCAGCCUCGUACUCGACCGCCGCAUGGUGGGCGGCAUCGCGCAGGAGAUCGACGCCAGAUCCGAAGUUCUCCGCAUAGAGAAGGAGCUCGAGGAGGCCCGCGGCCGCCUCACCGCUAUCCGCCAGGCGAAGUACAAACUGCGCGACGCGUCAGGCGCGAGCGGCGACGAGACCGACACGGACCCGCCCGGCUACUCCAGCGACGCGUCCCACUCCCACGCCCACAGAUUCAAAACUCCGAACAGCAGUUUCGCGAACACAACCUACAGUCCGAACAGCACGUACACAACACAAAACACAACACACAACACAACCAACAUGAGCCAACACACAACCAACAUAAGCCAGCACGUGGCCAACCUAAGCCAGUCCAUACACGGCACGCCCACGUCGCCCUCACACGCACAGACAAACACACCGACCACCCCAACGUUCAGUCAAGCACCGCAAACGCCCAAAUCUCCAUCGUACGGACAAAAUGGCUUUCAAGAUAAACCACAAAGCCCAUCCUUCUCAAGCUUCAGACCGCAAGAAGAGCAGAAACAAAAUUAUGAAGGAUUUACAACACGAGAUAAAACCGCCCAUGACAGAACGAUGGAACAUAAGACAAGCAUGAGCGAGGAAACGGUUGUCGUCAAAACGUUGCAACUGCCGGAAGUGCGCACCGCGUUGUUGGUAGAUGGGGAGGUGCGGGAGGUGAGGGAGGAGAGGGGGGAGAGGAUAUACUACCGGCGCGCGCGGGCGCCUCCGCCCACGCCCCCCCGGCGCGCCUCGCUGCGCAAGGCCGAG